AAAAUCAAGUUGCCCACUCGGCAACUAUUGGGCCCCACGGCCCAACGUCAUCGAAAUUCAUUCUAUAAAUACGCCACUCGGUCCUCUCUUUCCUCAAACAAACCUUCAUCUUCCUUCCCCAUUCAUCAGCACCCUUAUUUCUUACAACAGAGGAAGAAGAGAUUUAGCCGCCAUCAAUUUUGCCCCCUUCUUGUUCUUCUUACUCUUGUCAAUCUAAACUCUGAAACCCAAUUUCCACAACUACAAUUCGUUGCCUAUCUUCAAUGGCGGCUUCUCUAAUUCAACAAUUUCUGAUUCUAUUCAUUUCGAUUGCCUAUCUCUUCCCAAUCGGCGUCGUUUCCACGACCUUCACAAUCACCAACCAGUGCGAAUACACGGUCUGGCCGGGCAUCCUCUCCAACGCCGACGUGGCGCCGCUGCCCACCACCGGAUUCGCGCUCCAGAAAGGCGAGACCCGAACCAUCUCCCCGCCAGCCUCCUGGGGCGGCCGGAUGUGGGGCCGGACGCACUGCUCCGAGGACUCCACUGGAAAAUUCUCCUGCCUCACCGGCGACUGCGGCUCCGGUAAGAUCGAAUGCUCCGGCUCCGGCGCCGCUCCCCCCGCCACGCUCGCCGAAUUCAAGCUCGACGGCUACGACGGCCAGGACUUCUUCGACGUCAGCCUCGUUGACGGCUACAACCUCCCCGUCCUCGUCUCGCCGCAGGGCGGGUCGGGUCAGAACUGCUCCAGCACCGGGUGCGUGGUCGAUCUGAACGGCGCGUGUCCUUCCGACCUCAAGGUUGUUUCCGAUGCUGGCGAGGGCGUAGCGUGCAAGAGCGCGUGUGAGGCCUUCCGCCAGCCGCAGUACUGCUGUGAUGGAGCGUACGCGACCCCCGACACCUGUAAACCGUCGUCGUAUUCGCUCGCCUUCAAGAACGCCUGCCCACGCGCUUACAGCUACGCGUACGAUGACAAGACCAGCACAUUCACCUGCUCCUCCGCCGAUUACACGAUUACCUUCUGUCCCACUCCCAGCACCAGGUCAAAAGGCGUCGCAGGGGCAGAACCAGGGACCGACGACAACGCCGCCGCUUGGUGCUACGAGUGAAGGCGGAAACGACGGGAAGAGCAGUUCGCCGUUUGUUGACGGCUCGAUGGUGUACGGAAGUGCGGAGUUGGGCACGAACGGCGGGAUGGGGAGCACGUGUACCCACGUGGGUGCUGCCGUCAGCAUCACAUUGGCCGUAUGGCGGUUGAUGCAGUUCCGCUGAAAAUUUUAACCUUUAUUUUUUAUACUGGUUCACAUGGGUCGGCCGGGCAGGCCGGUGGGUUUCGUGGUCGGGUUGAAUCAUCGUGGUAGGGAGAGGCCCGUGGGCCGUGACCCAUGCCGCCUUGGCCCGAAAUGAAGAACCGACAACGUGGCGUGGGUGUGGGGCCUACUACAGCAUCGUCGGGGUUUCCUCGUGCGGGGGCCACGUAGGACAAGCACCACUUUGGGCCGUGGGCUGACGAGGAAGUGACUCGCUAAUGGAGAAAGCAAACGUUGCUGUUUCAUAAGUUGGCCCGUCAAAACUGAUAGGCAGGCGCUCCCGUGGUUAUUUAUUAUAUUAUCUAUUUAGUAGUGAUUAGAGACGAAAUCAGUUAGGAAAUGAAGGUAAUUCUUUCUAGGCUAUAGGUUUAAAUUAUACAAUUCUUUUUACCUCUUGCGGUGGUGAACAAUUCUGGAGGAUGGAAAUUCAUUUGUUGGUUUCGGAGGAAUUGUUAUUCUACAAAAUGUAACCACCAGAAUUAAAGAAAAAGAAGAAUGUUAUUAAUAAAAAUAAAGGAAUUGACCUAUUAUGAUGCU